AUGCCCCGUAAUUCCAGGAAGCAGCCUCGCAAAUGCGGCAAGCGGUCCCUCGGCAGCGACCUAUGCUCCUUCGAUAAGCGCGUGUUGCGGCGGCGGCGGCGGCGCGCGCGGAUGGACACGAUUCGCUUCAUUUGCGGCGCCGACCUGCCUCCGGCAAGUGCGGCCACGCGGAUCCGGCGAUCGACGGCACGCCAGCCGCCCUCCGACUCUGAGACCCCGACUUUCUCGACGGCAGUCGGCGCCAAGGCUUGCUGGCAGCAGCCGGCUACCUUGCCACCUCAUCCAUACCACGCGUUGGGAAUUGGGAGCAGCGUCAUGGCUCACCCGUCGUCCCCGCUGGAGGCGCUGCUGCUGCUUCUGGCGCUGUUGGCCCUGACAUUGACCCCUGUUGCAUCUGCCCCCCGCCGCCCACACAUCAUUCUCAUCAUUGCCGACGAUCUGGGGUACCCGCUGCGCGCCGGGGAGCCGCGUGGGCUGCCGCUGCAGGAGCGCACCCUGGCGCAGCGGCUGCGCGCGCGGGGCUACGCUACGCACCUCGUGGGCAAGUGGCACCUGGGCGCGCACCGCUCCGCCUUCCUGCCCACGCGCCGCGGCUUCGACUCCCACUUCGGAUACCGCAACGGCUACGAACGUACGUUCACAGAGAUGGUGUCUCAGUUGGACGAGUCGGUGGGCACUGUACUGGAUGCCCUGCGGGAGACGGGCAUGCUCAAUAACUCCAUCGUCGUCGGGCGACUGCGCGCGCCGCGCACGCCGUACGCCCACCCGCUGCACGUGUCGGACUGGGCGGCCACGCUGCUCGCCGCCGCCGACGAGGCCGCCCCCGACCACCCGCCCUCCGACGACGGCGACGGCGACAUCUUCGCCGGCGUCAGCCACUGGCACGCGCUCUCCGCGCCAGCGGACGAGGAGGUGCCUGCGCCGCGGGAGAGCCUGCUGCUCAACGUGGACGACGUGAUCGGGCUGUCUGGAGUGCUGGCCGGGCGCUGGAAGUACGUCGAGGGAACUCACGACUCGGGGGCGUACGACGGGCACCUGGGCGCGCCGGCGCGCGGGGCCCCCUACCCGGCGUACGACGCCCAGGCGACGGCGGACGCGGCGCGGGCGCUGGGCCUGGACGACAACGUCACCGCCGCCGACGUGCUCCGCACGCUCGCCGCGGGCGCCGUCUCCUGCAACGGCCUGCAGGAGGACCCGUGCGAGACGCGCGACGCGUCGGCGCAGCAGCCCGCGCAGCUGCAGCGCCUGCGCGCGCUGCUCGGGGCCUUCCGCGCGCAGCAGGCGCCGCAGCUGAACGCGCCGGUGGACCCCCGGGCGGACCCCGCGCUGCACGGCGGCGUCUGGGCUCCGUGGCUGGACGGCGAGGACGAGGACGAGGUCGACGGCAUCGACCGA